CCAAAACAAAAUCUAUGGAAUCUUUUUUCUUCUCGAAUUAUCGCUGAAAAAACGCGAUUUAGGGACAGAAAACAUGUCUCUUUCCAUGCAGGGGAAGUUUGACGAGUUGUCGAAGGAGCUGAUCACUCAUGUCUUAGGGUUUGAGGAAGGCGAAGAGAACUUUAUCCGAAGUGAACAGUAUGUCCUGUCUAAUCUGCUGUACCACCACUGCCUGGCAGUGAACAGUCACAAUGUGAGGCGCUCGGUUGAUGGCCUUGUCCUCAAGUUCAGCAUCCAUGGACAACAUCACAGAGCUCAACAGCUACAAAAUCUUACAUCAAAGUUCCUGGCUUCUCCAUUCUUUAAAGAUCACGAUGAGCUUGAUAUAGAGUGGUCUCUUCUGUCUCUCCUGCUGCACCUGAGUAACAGUCCCACACAGGUGCCUGUGAGUGACGACGAAUUACUUCUGACGCUGAAUAAGAGUUCAUCUCCCGUGAAGUCGCUUCAUCUGGCAGAAGAGAAUAUUGACUGGGUUGCUUACCUCAGACAAGGAGAACCAGAAUAUGUUGUUGGGAUAGAGCAGCCUCUCUCUGAUUGGUCCAGCGAUGAGGAGAAAAAUGAAACGGAAGAUGAAGCCUUGUAUAAUCAGUACAGUCCCAUCAAGAGGAGUUCUGUGGGUGGUAAAGACUCGUGUAACCUUCCUCGUGCUCCCACGGCACAGGAGUUGCUGGAGCAGAGCCACCGAGCACAGUCUUGGCUGGCUGCGAACACUCACACACAGUAUUGGGGAUCCAAGAAAUAUCAACAGUGUGCACCACUGUCGUCACAUCCUGCUGCUAAUGUAGCAAAAUUGUGGGAAACUAAAUGUGGCAGCAAAGGCAGUCAGCAGCUGAGUGAAUGGGCAGUGAUGAGAGAGACUGUGUGGGUGCUGAUGUGUCCAAGUGCAUCACAUAUAUUCCAACACAAUGCUGAUCAGGGCUUUGUAGUUCAUCCUGAGAUUACCAUUCCUAGUUUAACACCUGGAGCUGCAAAAAGACUAUUAGAGGAACUUUGUUUGCCUCUGAAUCAGCUGCUUGAGAUAGAUGCAUUCCUGAAGAAGUGUGAAGUGCCCAGUGUGGACCCUCCCUUGCCAGUCACACUACAGGCAUAUGCCACCGGAAUCCGACUCUGGAGGCAUCGGUUCCAGUCUCACUUGGCCACCAUUGAAGAGCAGAUUAAGAAACAAGAGCACAAUAGUAAUAUACUGAUCAAUGGCCUCUGUGAUGGGGUAGAAAGUGCAGGAGAGCCUGGUGUGCGGUGUGUGCUCCUGAGACUCCUACUACACACACUACGUCAUUACCUGAGUAUCAUAAACAACUGGCUUCUCCAUGGGUCCUUGGUAGACCAUGCCCAGGAGUUCAUCAUCCAAAGGAGUGAGUCUGUGAAAGUGACUGAUGAGACAUUUUGGCACGAUGCCUUCAUCUUGAAUCCCCACCAUCAAUCUGAAGUCAAACAGUCAAGAAGAAGCAGUCUGAAGUUUCUGUCUCCUCUGGUUGGAGCACUGACAACAGUGGGGAAAUCUCGUGAGCUGCUUGCUGUCUUGGACGUUGAACCGUUACCUAGGUCUUCGGCAAUUCUCUACCUGCAUCAGAAAUCCAUAAUGGAUCCUGAAAUGGUAUUAGAAGAGGUUAUUAUAAGACACAUACAAGAUGCUCUGUAUGGAUCCAAUGAAAAAGCAGAAGAGACUACUGGAGGCAGUGAAGGAGUGGCAGAUGAUUGCAGUACUCUGACGGAGGUGGACCAGCACAUGGUAUCCCAUUAUCAGCAGGUGGAUCCCCUUCUCCUUGCUGCCUUUUCAGGGGAUGCUGGGAUACCCCCCAACCCAACGAUGACUGCUCAGAAAGAUUCAGUGACGAGAAUGAUAGAAGAUAUGGCAGAGGUUCCGAGGGCAAUAUCUGUUGUGUCCCUCCUGUCGUCCGCAAUCAGCCCACUUAUUAGAAAGAAGGAAGAGGAGCUCAGUGCACGUCUCACCCAAGUCCUGCUGGAGAAGUAUCACAUGGACCGCCAUUGUCAGGCUGUGCGCUCCAUCUUGCUUAUGGAAGCUGGUGACGUCAUGCAUGAAUUUUACUCACAGCUAUUUUCCAAGAUUGACAUUGGGGAGAGCAUUGAUGGAAUCAGUCUGACACUCCACCUCCAGGACUGUGUAACUCGUCUUGUCCCAGAUUUGGCACAACUCUUCUCUGUUUCUGUUAGUUCAGCUUCAGUCUUGAACUCUGCAGAGGAGAACAAAACUGAUAAUCAAAGUGUGCCAGCGGACAGCAUUCUAAGUAAAGACUCUAAUCAAGUCAAAGAAGAGGAACAGGACAAAAAUAAGCUUGCAAGUGAUUCUACAACAAUGCCACUUUCGAAAGCUGGUUUGCCAGACAUAAGCAUUAAUUAUCAGGUACCAUAUCCAGUUAAUCUCUUGCUGAGUGAGAAGAUCCUGAGCCAGUAUAAUAUCUUGUUCCGAUUCUGUCUCAGCAUCAAAAGGGCAACAAAUGGACUUGAGAGAUUAAAGUUCAAAGACCUGGCCAGUUGGAAUGCAGUUAUUGGUUCAGGCAGUAAUACCGAAGAUGCUGCUGGUCCCUUACGCUCCAGGCUCCAUCGGCUCCAACUGUUGCGUCUGUGGCUGUUGUGUUUCACUAGGGAGCUGCAUGAUCACUUUGCCAACACUGUUUUCUUGCCAUUCCACCAGACUGUUGAAAAAUUGUUUCUCUCAAGGCCUUCCCUGAAUGUCAUCAUUACAGAACAUGAGAAGCUGUUAAAUAGAUUGAUCACAAACUGUUUGAUGGGUAGUGGGAAGACAUCGUCACCUCUGCAGAUAGUCCUCAAUAAGGUAUUUUGGUUGUCUCAACGUCUGGGACAGCUGUGGAUGAAAGACAUAGGACGUGUGACCUGCAAUGAACUAUCAGCUAUAGAAACUCAGUAUGCCCAAGUACACAGGUAUCUUGUCAACUUCCUGACCCGGCUGACCACAACAAAUUACUUGCCACACCUGGAAGGCCUCACGAGAACCCUGGUAGACACUGUCCCCUUACUAACGCAACCCUGAAGCUGCUGGGAACAAUCUUUACAGAAUCGGCAUUUAAUAUUCAUGUGUGAGAUAUUGUGAUAAUAUAUAACUUUAAUUAGAUCAGUGUGUAUAUAUAUUUUUUCUAUUAAUGAAAUCUUAUGUGUUACAAGUAAUUGAUGUUUAUCCGUGCUAUAUGUAUGUCCUUUUUUUUCUUCUUCAUUUUGUGUGUGUGUGUGUGUGUGUGUGUGUGUGUGUGUGUGUGUGUGUGUGUGUGUGUGUGUGUGUGUGU